UCCCACGGGUCAUUGAAUGUAGCAUGUUGUCUGAUUGACAGGUGAUGACUGAGCGAGGUCCCGCCCCCCUGCUCGUGGAGCUCAGCAGCCUGCCUCACAGACCGUCAGGUUCUCACGCGGAUACCUCAGCUCCAGCACCUGUACACCCGUACACCUGUACGCCGCUCCUCAGGAGUCUACGGCAACGUCAGAGCCAAGAUGGGGCGGAAGGAGAUCAUCUGCAGCUGGAAGAAAAACACCAGCAAUAUUAAGGAAGUGUUUGACUUCAAGGGGAAAAUGGGAUCGGGGUCUUUUUCAGAGGUCUUUAUGGUGAGAGAGAAGAAAACAGGAAUGCUGUACGCCCUGAAGUGUCUGAAGAAAAAACACCUCGCCCAUAGCAACCUUGAAAAUGAAAUCAAUGUAUUGAGAAGGAUACAGCAUGAGAACGUGGUGGGACUAGAGGAUUUCUAUGAGAGUCGAACACACUAUUACCUGGUCAUGCAACUGGUGUCGGGUGGGGAGCUGUUUGAUCGCAUUGUAGACAAGGGGGUUUACACAGAGAAGGAUGCCAGCACGGUGAUCAAACAGGUGCUGCAGGCUGUCAGCUACCUGCACGAAAACAGCAUCGUACACCGGGACCUCAAGCCUGAGAACCUGCUGUACUAUGAUACAGAUGAGAAUGCUAAGAUCAUGGUCAGUGACUUUGGUCUGUCUAAGACGAUGGAGCAUGGUGUGAUGUCCACAGCCUGUGGUACACCAGGAUAUGUUGCCCCUGAGGUUUUGGCCCAGAAACCCUACAGCAAAGCAGUGGACUGCUGGUCCAUUGGAGUUAUCACUUACAUCCUGCUCAGCGGCUACCCUCCAUUCUUCGAAGAUAACGAGACUCGUCUGUUUUCCAAGAUCAUGAGAGCCGAGUACGCCUUCCAUUCACCUUUCUGGGACAACAUCUCCGAGUCAGCCAAAGACUUUAUCAGGAAUCUGAUGGAGAAAAACCCCACGAAACGCUUCCUCACCGAGCAGGCACUCAGACACCCGUGGAUUGCUGGAAACACAGCUAAAGACCUGGACAUUCAUCAGUCUGUCUGUGAACAGAUGGAGAGAAACUUUGCCAAAUCCAAAUGGAAGCAAGCCUUCAACGUAGCCUCAGUAGUCCACCACAUGAAGAAACUGCAGAUGUCCCUCACCGAGUCUCCCCCCUCACACAUCUGCAUGCCCAACAUCGAAGUACAGUCCUCCCAGAAAGACCAGGAGGCGCUGGAACCCCACCGCGAUGAGGCCAAAAGCCUCGACCCAAACGGGAAUCUUGUUCGCGGGGCCAAUCAUUUAUCCUGCAGUAAUCCUGAGUCGGGCAGAGGUCUCUGUCCGCCCCUGAGAGCCUGUCACAGUCAGUCCGACAACGCCCUCGCCGUCGAUGAACCAAGAGAGGUCAAUAAGUUCCUUUCAGCGAUCGAUGCUCCUUUCAGGCCAUCCAAGAGCAUGGACGCUGUGUCUCAGAGGAAGGACCAGUCGUUUCAGUCUGGAGUGUGUUCUGUCAUGUGACCGGCUGGCUAACCUGAGAUGAAUCUCGUGCAGUUUGUCUCUCGAGUCAACGGCACUCCGUGGCAUCCCUCUUGCUAUGAAGGUGUUGACACAUCUGCUGCUCAGCUUUUUCAUGUCUGCUGUGGUUCUCUGCUGCAGACCACAUGUUCCAUCGACAGACACCUACAGCAUCUGCACUGUAAAAAACACUUUAACUUGGAAUGGCUGUCUAUAUACAAAACAGACACAAGCAGGAAUUCAUUUAGAAUUCAUACAACUUGUGUUAUGCUGAUGACAUUUUAUUCUCUCAACACUAUUAUUUUCUAUCGUAUAUGACUGUCGACAUGUUACUAAAUACUUAGAUUUAGGGGACAUAUGCAAUGUGAAAGCUUAUUAAUUAUAUUUUUAUUUGACUGGCUGUACUUUGAAUUCCAAUGGCUUUUACAUUUUUAUAAAGCUCAUAAGCUUUUUUAGGUAAUUUGUAUACUCUGAAUGUCUUUUUAGGACAUUUAAAGAUAGGGUCGACGAUGUUGGAAAGCUAGCAUAAUUUGAAAGUAGCAUCGCCUCAGGAGCUCCGUCAAACCCCCCCUCUCCACUCGGGGCUCCUUCCAAGGCAACGACCCCCCACACACAUG